GGGCAACCACGAAGAGAAUAAGAUAUGGCCGACAUGGACUCCGCUAAAAACAGAUAUCUUUCCGAAUAUUUACAUAAAGCGCUCAUGAUUAAGCAGGGUGCAGAAGCGCGCGUAUAUCGUGGUACGUUUUUAGGGAAGUCUGCAAUCAUCAAGGAAAGAUUCCAUAAGUUGUACCGGCACCCUGCGGUAGAUGAGAAACUGAGGCGCCGCCGAACCACGCAGGAGGUGCGGUCAAUACUGCGCUGUAGAAAAGCAGGUAUCAAUACUCCGGUCGUUUACUUUGUUGACUAUACCACCCAUUGCAUUUUCUUGGAGGACAUCACUGGCUCUAAAACUGUGAAGGAGCACAUUGUAUCAGCUCAGGCAUCUGGACAUCACAUCAAAUCACUCUGUGCCCUAGCUGACAAGAUUGGCCAAGUCUUGGCACAGAUGCACGACGAAGAUGUGAUCCAUGGAGACCUCACCACCUCCAAUAUGCUGCUGGUAAAAGAUGCCAAAGAUGUCAAAUUGGUUUUAAUUGACUUUGGCUUGAGUUAUAUUUCUGCCUUGUCUGAGGACAAAGGAGUUGACAUGUAUGUCCUGGAGAAGGCUUUCCUCAGCACACACCCUAAUACAGAGGCUCUGUUUGAAAGACUUCUAAAGAGCUAUACUGCUUCAUCCAGAAAAGCUCCAAGUGUCAUUAAGAAACUGGAUGAAGUUAGGCUAAGAGGACGAAAGAGGUCUAUGGUGGGGUAAAAGGAAAUAUGUGAAUGCACAUUUGUGUUCCUGAAUACCAGUUUUAACCAGUAUUUUCAGUUGAUUCUGAUACCAACAUUUGGAUUGGUUUUUGUAAAUAAAGGAUUUCUGAAUGUUAA